AUGAUGGGGCUUCUCUUAGUACAGCACCUUCCCCCGCAGCUAAAUCUCUUGGCCACCUGCUCGAGUUCUGGACUUCCGCCUCACCCAUCCUUGUACGUCCCCUGUCUAGUUCGCCCCGCCAUCCAUUGUACAGCGCCUUGCCCCUCAACACCUCCCUGCACCUCCCGUGUCGUGUCGCCCCUACUAACAUAUCGACCUACGUGCUCCAACGUCACAGAACGAGAAGACCAGCAUACAUUCUUUACUCCGAAUCAAUCCAGCUCUUCAUUCUCUCCUCCCUCGCUCGUUCCGAGCCUCUUCCAUCUUUGCCCGUACGGACAUCCUCGCACCCCCACCCACGUGGAUUGUGAGCGCGCACGCGAACCCAUCAACCUGGCUGGCAACAAGCGGAGGAGUUUCUCCACGCAAGGAGGUCUCUUGAACAGAAUGUUUGGUAGCGCCAACAAAGACGAUGAUUCCGCCAUAGAUUCCAGUCCUGCCACCGAGUCGCUCAAGGUCUCGCCUGCCAACGACGCAGGAACAGACGAGAGGAAGCGAGCCGGCAGCAAUGCCUCCAACACGUCAACCUCAGAGCGCAAGAGCAGCGACACGAACCCCCCGUCCAGCGAGAAGAAGCGACGAAGUAGCGGCGUUUCGCGUGCCCGGGACAUGUUUUCUAGUGCGAAACAGUCGCUCCAUCUGACGGGCUCCUCCCCGACCUCGAGCAGCAACCCCAACCCGGACAAGUCUUCUCCCCAGACUCCUUUGCAGAAGCUCGGAAAGGUCGACCCCGCUCUCACUGUCCCUCAGGGAUCCUUGAACAAUUCUGCCGGUGAAUCACAUCCAGGACCCCGUUCUACGUUUCGGGUUGGCGUCACGGAAGACAAAAACAAAAAAUGCAGACGGACUAUGGAGGAUACGCAUGCUUAUCUCUACAACUUCUUGAGCACCCCUGCACCUUCGUACGGAGCGGAGAGGAAACGUAGCUCCGUUUCCGACCUCUCUACCAGCUCAAGCCAGUCUGUGGUAGAAACCGACAAUGGGUACUUCGCAGUUUUCGACGGUCAUGCCGGCACCUUUGCUGCAGAUUGGUGUGGCAAGAAACUUCACUUAAUACUUGAGGAGAUGAUCCGGAGAAAUCCGAACACGCCUAUACCCGAACUUUUGGAUCAAACUUUCACGCAAGUCGAUCAGCAACUGGAGAAACUCCCCUUGAAGAAUAGUGGCUGCACAGCCGUGACAGCCGUUCUGAGAUGGGAAGAUCGUGUGCCCAACUCGCAGUCCUCCACCGGCUCGGUGCUGUUUGCGCCUGCCGCAGUAUCAGCCGUCAAAAACGAUAAUGGCGACAAGGCUCUUGAAAGCGCAGAUGGGGCCGUCUCCGGGGAGGUUCAAGCAACAGAAGCGAGGGUUCGAAACGAAGCCAGUCGCCAAAGAGUUUUGUACACUGCAAAUGUGGGGGACGCUCGGAUAGUACUGUGCCGUAACGGCAGGGCACUGAGGCUCUCGUAUGACCACAAGGGCAGUGAUGAGAACGAAGGCCGCCGUGUUGCUGGUGCUGGUGGAUUGAUCUUAAACAACCGUGUCAAUGGGGUCCUUGCAGUCACUCGAGCGCUGGGAGAUGCUUAUAUGAAGGAUCUUGUCACUGGCCAUCCGUACACGACGGAGACGGUUAUCCAGGCAGACCAAGAUGAAUUUCUAAUUCUUGCUUGCGAUGGCCUUUGGGAUGUAUGCACAGAUCAGGAAGCCGUUGAUUUAGUCCGAGGCAUCCAAGAUCCCCAGGCAGCCUCAAAAGCACUGGUGGACCAUGCCCUUGCACGCUUUUCGACUGAUAACCUAUCCUGCAUGAUUAUUCGUUUCGAUAACAAGGCUCUCAAGCAGCGCAAGACAGAAGCUCAGUUGGGGGUUGACAAGGAUGCCGCGGCGGCCAAGACGAACGUCAGCGAAGCAGAUGCCAUCGUGUCGCAGGCAAGGAAGGAUAUGAGUGAUAGCAAUGUGUCGGUUGAGAACGCUGCAGCCGAAAUCAUCAAGGAAGAAGAGGAGCACGAAGCCGGCCCCGAACUCAGCCUAGAUGCGGCCAAGGCAGCACAGAAAAACGCCACUUGAAAACGGGCUCCACAG